AUGAAUAAUCAAAAUGCAACUGAAAAAAACAACACCGCUGAUGGAGUUAGCGAAGUUGAAUAUACCCGUGAACAAAAAAUAGUGGCUGCUGUUUGGAUGCACGAAAGAAAGUACAAUUUUCAAACGUACGACGAUAUUAGAAAGAACUUCCAAAUACGAUUUCAGUUACCUGCACCGGAUCCCAAGGAGAUAAACAACUGGGAAAAGCAAUUGUUCUCCGUCGGCGAAAUUGACAAUAACACUUCCAAAGAAGGACUUGGUGGUAUACUUGGCAUUGAUGAUGAAUUCUCUGAUGUAGGCUUUAGUGAUGAGGAAUCUGAUUAG